UUCUUGUUCUUCAUUUCAUUAUAUAUAUUCCUUAGUUCAAUUGAUCAAUAUUGUCACGAUAGAAUGAUCUAUAUAUAUGUAUAUGUAUAUGGAGAAGUGGAUGAUAUUAUAUUAUAAAUUCCAAGUGGGCUUUCAUUGAUGUUUGAAUUUAGGUUUUAUGUUUUGAGAUGAUGGAAGGGGAAAGAAGUAAUGCUACACCUCCACUUGUUACUCUCUACUAAAGCCUUCCCAAUGGCAAUGGGACGUGAAUGGAAUGAAUAGUGGUGUCUCAUCAUCAUCAUCAUCAUCAGUUCAUGAAGGAGCUAACUAGCUGCUAUUCUCCCACCAAGUUGAGAAUUUGAUUCAAAGAUCACGAUAAUGCUAGAUUUGUCUUAACUUUUUUAAAUCUGCAAAUGGAAAUUGAGAAGAAGAAGAAGAACACAUUAAUAUCUCUGAAAAUUUUGUUUUAGCUUUUGAUUGCAUAAGAAAAAAAAAAAUUACAUACUCGUACUAUAAUAUAUAUAAUAAUAUAUACACAUCACAAUCCGAUUUGCAACUGCAUUUGGCUCCAACAACCCAAACCACCUUCAUCUCUCUCUCUCUCUCUCUCUCUCUCUCUCUCUCUGUGUAAGUUUCAUUCAUGAAUGGCGGCAGCGGAGGGAGUAGAUCAUAGGGAGCAUUCUGUGGUGUGGGAGCGUGUUUUGGAGAAGACGAAGGCGGCGCAGGACAAGGGCAGCGAUCCAGUGUUGUGGGUAACGGAGCUUUCAUGGAGUUUGAAAUCUUGGGGCGUGUCGCUGCCUUCUGCAGAGCUGGCGAAGCUUCUGGUGUCGCACAUUUGCUGGGGCAACAACGAGCCCGUGGCGUGGAAGUUUCUGGACAGGGCCAUGGCCUUCAACAUCGUCCCUCCUUUCCUCGUCCUCGCUCUGCUUUCCGUCAGGGUUAUUCCCAGUCGACAUUCAAGGCCAGCAGCAUAUAGGCUUUAUAUCGAACUCCUCAGGAGACAUGCUUUGACACUCAAAUCUCAUACAGAUUGGCCAAAUCUUCACAAAAUCAUAGAUCUGAUAGACGGCGUCCUUCAUCUCUCCCGGACAUUUGGUCUCCGAGCAAGUGAACCGGGCAUUUUUCUGGUGGAAUUCAUCUUUGCAAUUGUCUUUCAGUUGCUUGACGCCACAUUAGACGAUAAAGGGUUGCUGGAUCGGACCCCAGAAACAAUAUGGUUAACUAGGCCACAAGAUAUGGAGGUAGACGGCGACGAUGAUGAUUAUAAUGAGCAGAGGAUUGCACAUCAAGAGAAAUUGCACGACACAAACACUAUGAUGGCCAUAGAAUUAAUUAGGCAGUUCCUACAGAACAAAGUAACUUCCAGGAUUCUUAAAUUGGCUGGCCACAACAUGCCCGCUGCGCGUUGGCGAGCCUUUGUCCAGCGAACAGAGCUGCUCGCAGCGAGUUCAUCAGCACUGAGGAAUGCACGAGUUACAGCCUCUCUGCAGCCGGGUUCAAAUGCUAGCGAAAUCCCAUCCCGAAAAUGCAAAGCAGGUUCUCUGCAAGAGCUACAUGCGAUCAGCGCUUCUGGAGCUAGUUGUUCUGCGCUUUGGCUCCCUCUUGACCUGGUGCUAGAAGACACAAUGGAUGGUUCACAAGUUAAUACAACAAGUGCCAUUGAGAUCAUUAUUGGCGUGUUCAAGGCCCUUCAAGCAAUUAACAACACCACUUGGCACCAGAGUUUCUUAUGUCUCUGGAUGGCGGCUUUACGCCUUGUCCAAAGGGAGAGGAAGCCGAUCGAGGGUCCUGUACCUUGCCUCGACACUCGUUUGUGCAUGCUGCUGACUAUCGUAACUCUCGUGGCUGCUGAUCUAGUUGAGGAAGAGGAAAGUGCGCCGAUUGAUGAAACAAGUUACAACGACAGUGCUCUUUGUACAGAGAAACCGGUUCCUGGCACGCGUCGCAGGGACUUGGCUUCCAGUUUGCAGAGCCUCGGAGAUUAUCCGAGCUUGCUGACUCCACCUCAAUCAGUUAUUUCCAUAGCCAACCAGGCUGCUGCAAAAGCUCUGAUGUGUACUUCUGGCAUCGACGUCGCUGCAUACUUUGAGCGCGUCGACACGAAUGACAUUCAAAUGGACUGUUAUGGAAACAUGCACCAUUUGAUUGUGGAGGCUUGUAUUGCCAGAGAUCUAUUGGACACAUCUGCAUAUUUCUGGCCUGGCUAUAUGAAUGGAAGAAUCAAUCAAAUACCUCAUAAUUUUCUUUUACAGGUUCCAGGUUGGUCGGCACUUAUGGAAGGGGCUUCACUUACUCCAGUUCUAAUAGAUGUUUUAGUUUCAGUUCCUGCUUCAAGCUUAGCGGAGCUCGAGAGAGUCUUUGAGAUUGCAGUUGGAGGAUCAGAUGAUGAGAGGAUUGCUGCUGCCAGUAUUCUCUGUGGAGCCUCUUUAAUUCGGGGUUGGAAUAUACAGGAACACACUGUCCAUUUUAUAAUUAGAUUACUCUCUCCUCCAGUUCCUGUGGAUCAUUCUGGGAGUGGAAGCCAUUUAAUAGGCUAUGGUCCAAUGCUGAAUGUCCUCCUCGUCGGAAUUGCACCUGUUGACUGUGUUCAGAUCUUCUCCCUCCAUGGCAUGGUCCCACAGCUCGCUGGCGCCUUGAUGCCUAUCUGCGAGGUGUUCGGGUCGUGUGUGCCGGAUGUCUCGUGGCCUCUCCCAACCGGAGAAGAGAUCUCUGUGUAUGCAGUGUUUUCAAAUGCAUUUGCUCUUCUCCUCAAGCUAUGGCGGUUUAACCAUCCACCUCUUGAGUACAGAGUAGGCGAUGUGCCCCCAGUAGGUUCACAACUCACUCCUGAAUACCUAUUAUUGAUUAGGAACUCCCAACUGAUGGCUCGAUAUAGAAGCAAACUCUCAGUUUCUACAGCUUCGUCAUCUCCAAAACCCAUAUUUCUGGAUUCAUUCCCCAAGCUAAAACUAUGGUACCAGCAAAAUCAAGCUUGCUUAGCUUCAACCCUUUCGGGUCUUGUACCCGGGACCCUGGUCCAUGACAUUGUCGAUGACCUUCUCGACAUGUUGUUUAGGAAGAUUAGUCGAGCAGGCCAGUCGACUUCUGUAACAUCUGGGACUAGUAGUUCAUCUGGACCGGCGAUUGAAAAUGCCUCCCUAAGGCUUAAAUUGCCUGCUUGGGAUGUCCUUGAAGCUCUCCCUUUCGUCGUUGAUGCCGCUCUGACAGCCUGCGCGCACGGAAGACUGUCGCCUCGCGAACUCUGCACAGGACUCAAAGAUUUGGCUGACUUCCUUCCUGCAUCUUUGGCAACAAUUGUGAGCUACUUCUCUGCCGAAGCAACUCGGGGUGUGUGGAAACCGGUGUGUAUGAACGGGACAGAUUGGCCGAGUCCUGCUGCAAAUCUGUUGAAUGUCGAGCAGCAGAUUAAAAGGAUCCUAGCUGCCACUGGAGUUGCUGUCCCCAGCGUUGCUGCAGGGGGAAGCUUUACAGCAGCCACGCUCCCGCUGCCCUUGGCUGCCUUUGUGAGCGUGACGAUCACGUAUAAACUCGACAAAGCCUCGCAGCGUUUUCUGAAUCUGGCCGGGCCGGCGUUGGAGUCCCUUGCAGCAGGCUGCCCGUGGCCAUGCAUGCCAGUUGUGACCUCCUUAUGGACCCAAAAGGCAAAGAGAUGGAGCGAUUUCUUUGUUUUUUCUGCAUCUCAAACCGUGUUCCUUCACAAUAACAAAGCUUUGGUCCAGCUUCUCAAGAGCUGCUUUACUACAACACUUGGCCUGAAGGCAACCCUUAUCUCGAGCAAUGGAGGUGUUGGGGCUCUUCUCGGCCAUGGAUUUGGAUCCCAUUUCUCCGGCGGGAUGUCUCCGGCUGCCCCCGGGAUUUUAUACCUCCGGGUGUAUCGAUCUAUCAGAGAUAUCAUGUUCUUGAAGGAAGAGAUUAUUUCACUCUUGAUGCAAUCUGUGAGAGACAUAGCCCACAAUGGCCUUCCAGAGGACAGACUAGACGAGCUGAAGAAAGCCAGAAGUGGAAUGAGAUAUAGAAAGUUUUCACUUGCUGCAGCCAUGGCUAAGGUGAAAGUGGCUGCCUCACUUGGGGCUUCUCUGGUAUGGUUAUCCGGUGGCUCAGCACUGGUCCAGUCUAUGAUUAUAGAAACACUGCCUUCUUGGUUCAUAUCUGAGCAAGAACAAGGGUCAGAUGGGGUGGUUGCAAUGCUUGGGGGGUUUGCCUUGGCAUACUUUGCGGCGCUUUGUGGGGCUUUAGCUUGGGGUGUGGAUUCAUCCUCACCAGCAUCAAAGCGGCGGUCCAAGGUGCUCAGACCCCAUAUGGAGUUCAUGGCAGAUGCCAUAACCGGGAAGAUCUCAGUUGGUUGUCGUUGGGCUACUUGGCGUGCUUACGUGUUGGGGUUUCUGAGCCUGGUGAUAGCUGGCUCGCCUAGUUGGGUGCCCGAGUUGGAUGUGGUGCUGUUGGGGAGGCUGAGUAAAGGGUUAAGGCAAUGGAAUGAGGAGGAACUUGCACUGGGUUUGCUAAGGGUUGGUGGUGUAGGGACUGUGGGAGCAGCAGUACAAUUGAUAAUUGAGAGCGAAAUAUAGCAUCUUUCAUUCUUCCUGUCCAAAAAUCUCUAGACUGGGGAUUGUAACGAAUGUAACUCAUCUACAUUGGAUUUCAGAUAAUAUCCUUUGCAAAAGGUGAAGGCUAGAAUUUCUGUUUAGUGAAUUGGAAGAUAGACAAC